AAACUUUGCAUUACAGCCUCUUCUCUUUCUUCUGAAUCAACCUUGGUGACCCAUUCUCACCAUGGGCACUUUUAUUGGACAUAUUUCUCCUGGGCUGGCAUUCCUGUCUUUUGGUUUACUGUAUGCUAUUCGUUACUCCUGGAUGGUCCUGAAUGGAUGCAAGGUUCAGUAUGCCCCCCGCACCAAAACUAAACAAAAGUUUUGGAAGACUUUGCCCGCAGAGGCAGUGAUGAAGCUAGUUUAUUCUUUUAUGGCUGUUUUAGCGGAGUUCUUCUUUCCUCCAGGAGUACAGAAGCUACGGUUCUUUCGCUCAGAUGACCCUGAAUAUCACUUUCAGCACCCCAGUGAGUGGCAGCAUGCCACCAUGUAUGGAACUUUCUUUCUAAGUGGGAUCCUGGACAUAAUAAGUCAAUCCUGUCUACAGAAGCGUAAUCCACUGCUUGAGCAUGUAGGAGUCACUGCUGCUUUCUUCAUCACGACCCUCUUACUAAAGUUCCAUGGUCAUGGCAAAGAAGCAGUGGAAGUGCAAGUCCAUCAACUGCUACUGAUCACUUGUGGCAUAAAUUGUGCCAUAAUGAUUUUUGAGAUCUGGCAUCCAAACCAUCGUAAGCUCUGGUUUACCAAGGCAUGGUUAGUGAAUAUACAAGGAACUUGGUUGUUUCAUGCUGCCUUUAUCUUGUACCGGCCUCCAACAGGACAUUUUUGGGACUCAUCAGACCCUGCUAACCUCAUGUUUCUCACCACGUUCUACUGCUGGCACCUAAUCUUGAAUGCAGGGCUAGUGUCCCUUCUCUUCUGGCUAGCAAGUAUUCUGCACAAACGUUGGGGUAGCAGACCAGGAAGAGAUGACUAUCAACUGGCUGGGGAUAAAGCAGAGUUGGCAAAACUUACUGAAGAUGACGAUGAAGAACUCUAAC